CGCCGCAGCUUCUUCUCUGAGGACCUGGCAGCGGACCAAACAGCAGAAGGAGAUGUGCACCCAAACCGCAGGCUAAACAGAUAACAACACUUAAAGUUGUUUGUUUUUUUCCCACCUUGACUUGUCCCCGACAGCGUUUUACAUAUAGGAAGUUCUUCUUUUUUAGUAAUAGCCUAAACUUUGCUCCGCCCGUUUUUGCACGGAGCUCAUGCUGCGAAAACGAUGAUAAUACAACAUGGACUGCAUUUUAAUAUGACAAGCUGUUCUGUGCGGGCUUGCUUUUUAUUUGCGGGACUCAGUGUGAGUUCAUAGCGACGUUAUUUACUUUAAAAAAACAAAAACAUUUAGACCUAUUGCUGCAGCAGACCGACUGUCACUGGCCAAACCCUCCGCAUUUUGCAGCUAGUCUUCAUGCGGAACCCAUAAUUGGAGACCUCACUGUGUCAUCCAUUUAACGCGCGCUCUCACCCGGAGCAGGAACGAUGCAGCGCGAGCGCCUACUCAAAGUUCUGGUCAUCGGCGAUCUUGGAGUCGGUAAAACGUCCAUCAUAAAGCGCUACGUGCACCAGAUCUUCUCCCAGCACUACCGCGCCACCAUCGGAGUAGACUUCGCCCUCAAAGUGCUCAACUGGGAUCACAAGACGGUGGUGCGGCUGCAGCUGUGGGACAUCGCUGGGCAGGAACGCUACGGCAACAUGACCCGUGUGUACUACAGAGAGGCGGUAGGGGCCCUCGUCGUCUUCGACAUGACUAGACUGUCCACGUUUCAGGCUGUCCUCAAGUGGAAAGGAGACCUGGACUCAAAGGUCGCUCUUAGCAACGGGAGGACGGUUCCAGCCGUUCUAUUGGCCAACAAGUGUGACCAGCGGCGUCAGGGUUUGUGCCCCAAGCUGCCCAAACUGGAGAACUUCACGAAAGAGUACGGAUUUGUCGGCUGGUACGAAACCUCGGCCAAGGACAACACCAACAUUGACGCUGCCAUGACGUGCUUGGUGAAGAAUAUCAUGUCUGUGGAGGAGGAGAGAGCCUUGAGUGACGCCACAGCCACUGGCGCCAAAAACGAACUGGAAGGUAACGUUCUGGUUCUGCCUCGCUUCGACUAUGCGAAGGAGAAGGGACUCGGUGGGUGUUCAGGAUGUACCUCGCUUAAACCUAAAGACAGAGACAUCGAAUGAAAGAGAAUGGGAUGGAUGGAUCUGAACCAAGAGACUGGAAGGAGACAGAGAGGAGGGAGGAGAUGACGUUGUUGAAUGAUUAAUAUGUUGUAACUUAACGAUCCUUCCCCUCCUCUCUCCCUUUGUCCUCACAAGUGCAUUUCGGCAGAGAUGUUAGAAGGAAAAUGUUUACCAGUAUGCAAUUUUUCUGAACAACCCACAAUAUAUAAUAUAUUUAUUGUAUUUUUAUAACAGAAAUUGAGUCAAACUUUAGUUCUGUUGUCACAAAAAUCUAAUAAUUUUGGAAAAAAGUGAUUUUAGUAAAAUUAAAAAAAUUUAAAAAAAUAAUAAUGAAAAAUAAAAGUUAAAUGAAUCAGAAAGAAAAUGUGACUCCUGAAAACCAAAGACAAUAUGACAGAUUCAUUUUUUUCAGUUCUUUUGUUAAUCUGACAUGUAAUUCAAUUCUUUGCUUGUGAAUAACAGAUUAAAACAGUAAUUGUGUAAGUGUUCUAUAUUCAUAAAAGUGCAAUUGUGGUCACAUUGUGGUCUGAUGGGUUUCACUCCCAGGUAAGCUUCCGAAUGCAAAAGUAUUGAGUUUGUUAAGUGUAACUGCAGGUCUAACUUUUAGAGGCAUCAUUUGGAUGUUUUUGUUCAAAGGUGAUAAUCUGUCGUGCAAGUCAUAUUUAUCUGCAUUUUUUUUUUCAUUUCUCUUCCUUUACUCUUUGUCUGUCUCACCGAUAUUAUCUUUGUCUUUUAUGUUCUUUACUGAUACCAUUUUGAUAAUGUCGUCUGUUGCUGGUGUCAUUAAAAAAUACAAAAUAUUAAUUUGCGAAAUGUUUACACUGCAGUUUCUGUUCAGAUACAGAUUAUCAAGUGAGGAUUUCAAAGGCACCCUUUGGAGUUUUUUGACCACUGUUGGCGUUAUGGAGCAACGUUUUAAUGAGCUGGUGUUUGCAGAGGGCGGCAAUAAACAUGCGUUGUGCAUGCAAAACACGCUAUUCAACUGUUGGCAGUAACGCAUAGAGAAAUAUUGUAAUGCAUUUUGGUGCCCUGAACUGUGAUUGUUUACAAGAAAACUCCACAGGGUACCUUUUAAUAUGGUGAUCUUAUGCAGUUUUAGUUUUGUUUGCUUUGUCUCCAUUCAUUCAUAGUUCAUUCAUCAACUAUAUUUCAUGUCAUCUGUCACACAUUCAGUGUGGGCUUCUUACUUUUUACCAACACUAGCAGCGUGGCUCUAUGCAUGGAAAUGGCUGUAUUGUUACAGACUUAAAUAUUUCAAGUAUUACUGGACAAAUGAAAUUUUGUACAGACAUUCAUACUGCCUAGAUAUCUUACUGACUUUGGUGAUGCCCUAAAUUUUUAUCUAGUGCCAUCAUCAGGGUUUAUGACCAAAUACACAUGAACCUCAUCCGUGCUUUAUGUUGAGUGCUAAUUAGAAAUUGUUCGCAUGCUAACACAUUAAAUGAAAAUAGUGAACAUGGUAAAUUUAUUCCUGCUAAACAUCAGCAUGUUAGCAUUGUCAUUGUGAGCAUCUUAGCAUGCUAGGUUGCUGGCAUUAGCAUUGGCUGAAAUCACAGUGUUAAGCCAAAGUACAGCUGCUACUCUUAGUGUUGUUCUUCUUAUAUUUAGUCCACACAAACAGUUUUUGUAAGAUAUUUCAUGGUCUGGAUUGUGAUUCAGAUACUAUUAAAUAAUGAAAAAAAAUAAAUAUAUAUUGUUAAAUCAAACAAUUCAUGACACGAAGUCGCUUCAUUCUCUUUAACAUGAAUAAUUUUAAAUUCAGUUAAUAUGCUGUUCUCGGUUCUCUUACAUUCUGCUUGGUAUGGUAGGCUACAUGCUGUAUAUCUUUUUUCAAUUCUGCAAUAUUUCUGUGCUUUUGGCUGAACAUGCUUCUCUGAACAUAUUCCAGGUUUUGUAGAGAUAGACAAUCUUUGUUAAGUGAUCAAAACCUUCGAUCAGUUUUGGCUAGGACAAAAUUUUCAUAAAGUGUCUCUGUUCUCUGAAAGUGAAUGUGCUCUUACAGAUGAAAUGUUAGUUAAAAGCUUAUACACAAACCCUAAUUAUAUAAGAUUGUCAAAAGCA